UCCAACAUCUUCCCUCGUCCGCAGGUGAGCGACGGGAGCCUGACAGUGCUCUCUGUCAGUCGGGAGGACAGGGGUGCCUAUACCUGCCGGGCGUACAGCAUCCAGGGGGAAGCUGUGCACACCACGCGCCUGCUUGUUCAAGGACCUCCUUUCAUCGUUUCCCCUCCGGAAAACAUCACAGUCAACAUCUCCCAGGAUGCGCUCUUCACCUGCCAGGCCGAGGCGUACCCCGGGAACCUCACUUACCUAUGGUACUGGGAAGAGGAGAAUGUCUACUUCAAGAACGAUCUGAAGUUGAGGGUGCGGAUCCUGAUUGAUGGGACGCUGAUCAUCUUCCGUGUCAAGCCAGAGGAUGCUGGAAAAUACACCUGUAUCCCUAGCAACAGCCUGGGCCGCUCGCCAUCAGCCUCUGCCUACCUGACGGUGCAGUAUCCUGCCCGCGUGGUGAACAUGCCCCCUGUCAUCUACGUUCCCAUCGGGAUACACGGAUACAUCCGCUGCCCGGUCGAGGCGGAGCCCCCGGUCACUCUGGUCAAGUGGAACAAAGACGGACGUCCCCUGCGAAUCGAGAAGUAUGCUGGCUGGAACCUGCUGGAAGACGGGUCGAUCCGGAUAGAGGAGGCAACCGAAGAUGCUCUCGGCACUUACACCUGCGUGCCUUAUAAUGCCCUGGGUACGAUGGGCCAGUCUCCCCCUGCCCGACUGGUACUGAAGGACCCCCCCUAUUUCACGGUGCUACCAGGCUGGGAGUACAGACAGGAGGCAGGGAGGGAGCUGUUGAUUCCUUGCGCUGCUGCCGGAGACCCCUUUCCCAUCAUCGCCUGGAGAAAGGUAGGGAAGCCCAGCAGGAGCAAGCACAACACGCUGCCUGGCGGCACCCUCCAAAUCCGCUCCCUCGGCAAGGAUGACCACGGCGAUUUCAACAUCGUCGCGAGCAUUACUGCCAGCACCCACCUCACCGUCGUAGGCACAAGCCCUCACGCCCCGACCAGCGUGCACGUGGUGGUCGCCAUGACCUCUGCCAACGUCUCCUGGGAACCCGGCUACGACGGUGGAUACGAGCAGACUUUCUCAGUUUGGUACGGCCCUCUGAUGAAGAGAGCCCAGUUUGGCCCCCACGACUGGCUAUCUCUUCCUGUGCCAGCUGGUUCCAGUUGGCUCGUGGUGGAUACCUUGGAACCGGAGACUGCAUACCAGUUCAGUGUCUUGGCUCAAAACAAGCUGGGUACCAGCUCCUUCAGUGAGGUGGUCACUGUGAACACUCUAGCAUUCCCUGUAACAACUCCAGAACCUCUGGUGUUGGUUACCCCACCGAGGUGCCUAACAGCCAACCGGACACAGCAAGGCGUCCUCCUGUCGUGGCUUCCUCCCGCUAACCACAGCUUCCCCAUCGACCGCUACAUCAUGGAGUUCCGCGUCGCGGAGAGGUGGGAGAUCUUGGACGAUGGCAUCCUGGGGACUGAGAAUGAGUUUUUUGCCAAGGACUUGUCCCAGGACACCUGGUACGAGUUCCGGGUCCUGGCAGUCAUGCAGGAUCUCAUCAGUGAACCCAGCAACGUUGCUGGCGUGUCCAGUACAGACGUAUUUCCUCAGCCUGACCUGACGGACGAGGGUCUAGCCCGCCCGGUGCUGGCUGGUAUCGUUGCCACCAUCUGCUUCCUGGCUGCUGCCAUCCUCUUCAGCACACUCGCUGCCUGCUUCGUCAACAAGCAACGCAAACGCAAGCUCAAGCGCAAGAAAGACCCUCCUCUCUCGAUAACCCACUGCAGGAAGAGUUUGGAGUCCCCGUUGUCUUCCGGCAAGGUGAGUCCUGAGAGCAUCCGCACUCUCCGUCCUCCCUCGGAGUCCUCUGACGACCAGGGCCCGCAGGCCAAGCGGAUGCUGAGUCCCACCAAGGAGAAGGAGCUCCUCAUCAGCCGCGGGCCGGACGGCCGCUUCGUCAUGGACCCGGCGGAGAUGGAGCCCUCCCUGAAGACACGGCGGAUCGAGGGCUUCCCCUUUGUGGAGGAGACAGACAUGUACCCCGAGUUCAGGCAGUCGGAUGAGGAGAAUGACGCCCCCGUUGUCCCGUCCUCCGUCACCGCCCUGAAAGCCCAGCUCACCCCUCUCUCCUCCAGCCAGGAGUCCUACCUUCAGCCACCAGCAUACA